UUGAAAUUUCUCCCGUUAUUUUUUCUAUUUUGUGAAAAAGGUGAAAAUAUACAUGUAACAAUAGACAUCCGCGUUUGUGUUGGUCUAAUGAAUGAUGCGCGUGAAUUGAGAAUCACAGGAUCAUUCACUCUGGUAUAUUCUCUUGUCAUUCGAGUUGAGGUUAAAAGUAGUGAAAGCAGGACACAAAGGACUUAUCAUACCCGACAAAUCAAAUUACUCCCAACAAAAUUAUUUAUCAACGUUUAAACAAUGGAGUGUGAUCCAUCAAUUCCGGAUUUCACAGAGUGCCUGCGUCAAAUUGUGUCAGGUACGCCCGAUGAAGUGCGCCAAGGAUGGAUUAAUCUACGACAACUGGACGAGGAAGUACGGGAAGACAUUGACUUCAGGGAUGUAAUGGGAGUAAUAAGAAUGCCUAUUCGAAGGACCAUAACAAAUGUGGACGAAAUACCAAAGUUGCUGGUGUACUUUUCAACUCUCCUCAAGAGGAAUCCCUUUGAGGGUAAACCCGCUGACAACAAUUACACAGCGUUCCUUCAGAAUACAGCUGGCAAUGACAUAUCACUGCUAGCUGUCAUUGUGAAGGUACUCGACGAGCACGACUCUAUUUAUUUACCCACGUACGCAAGUAACUCCCAGUUCUGCGAGGCCAUUGUCACAUGUCUUGCGGAAAUUCAAAUGCCCACGCAGAGGGAUAAAGUUAGUAAGUUUAAGGACAGUUCCUUGACCAUACAGAAUUACGUUAAAACCAGCUGUGAUCGUUUCGAGGGGCUCCACAAAGACAGCCUGAGAGUCAAAUGUUUGGAGAAACUUUACAACAUAAUUCAAGACUUGGAGAGAAAAUCAUUACCAGGAGCUGCACUUGUUAAUGUCCUCACGCUGAUUGAGGGACCAGAGUCGAUACAGCAGGCAGUCCAGUGGAUUAUUUCAAACCCUCAGAAUGACGAUAAUCUCGAGAGAGCCCUGAAGACACUCUGCACGUGGCUAUCCCAGUGGCUGAAGCAUGAUUGUCUCAGUCUCUGGAUAUCAGCUUUCAUCCAGGGACUCGAGGACAAAAAAAAGUAUUCUGUACUUAACAGGGUCGCUGAAGACUGUCUCAAGAUGACGAUUAAACGGUUACAUAUGCCUAUGGCACAUCAGCACGGUAUGGCACUUGUUUUUCGUUUACUUGGUAAACAGAGUACGCCGGCCUUGUUUCACCGAGUCAUCAAAGACAUUGAACAAGCUUUAAUGAGUUUGAGUAAAGAUUCCACGGACAUUGGGAGAAAAACUACCCAGAGCCUUGUUGAUUGCUGCAAGGCACUGAUGAUGAGAUUCCCUUCUUAUCCGAUUUACGAGACACUCGAGAAGUCUUUGCCAGUUGAACCUAGAAUGGAAAUUGUUAACAGAAUACUCAACGCGCCAUUGUGGGAGGAGGAGACUAGGGAUGAAAUGCAGAAUAUUUUUUUUAUAAAUAAUGGUAAAGUUGGACUCACUAAUUUGGGAAAUACUUGUUACAUGAAUAGUGUGCUGCAGGCACUUGUCAUGACGAGACAGUUUUGCCACGAGGUGAUAAGUUAUAAACCACCAGUGGACACUAACGCCAAUCUCAUACUACGGAAAUUACAAAACUUGUUUGCCCUGUUGUUGUAUUCGAAGAGAAUGUCUUUGUCGCCGACCGAAGUUCUUCAGGCUUCCAGGCCAUCGUAUUUCACCCCGGGACAGCAGCAGGACAGCUCGGAAUUUCUCUGUCAUCUCCUUGACGUCAUGUACGAGCAGGAAAAGUCACACCCGCCACAGUCUGAUGACCUGGAGAUGAAGAUUCUUAAAUCAACGCCGGAGGAACAGGACGUUGAGGAUAUGAAUGUCGAUUCAGAGGGCUGUGGAAUCAAGAGAUGGAUCACAGAGGAGGAUUUGACUGAGGGAACGACGUUGGAGAGGAAGACUCAAUCGUUGGCUGAUUUUAGCGAUGGUGAUGAUUUAGCACAAACCCCUCAACUGAGUGACUCCCACUCAGACUCAACAGACAGUGGAAUUCAAUCAGUAGGCGGUGAAGACUCCUCCACCCCGAACCUAGUGCACCGUGUCUUCGGUGGUGAAUCAAAAAUCACCUACCAAUGUGCCCAAUGCGAUACCAGCUCCCACAACACCGACAAAUUUCGUGACCUGCAGCUCUGCUUCCCCGAGGAGAUCCCCGAGAACCAAGAGGUCUCAGUCCAAGACCUUAUAAACUACUACUUAAUCCCAGAAAAUUUAACGGGCGAUAAUAAGUACCGCUGCGACAAGUGCAUGAAGCUCUGCGACGCCCAGAGGAUCAUAAAACAUUUACGUGCCCCAGCCCAUCUCAUACUCACCCUGAAACACUUUCAUUACGACACUGAGAGUCGUUUGCGCACGAAACUGAGACACAAAGUGAGAUACAACGAAAAAAUUAAACUCGAAGUGUCAACACCAAUGUCAAUCGAGACAGAAACGUAUCAGCUGUAUGCAGCAGUCGUACACUCUGGCUACAGCAUGGAUUAUGGCCAUUAUUUCACCUACGCACGUGACUCGAAGCAAAACUGGUACAAAUUCAAUGACAGCUAUGUUUCUAAAACAACACUGGAUGAGUUCAAGGGUUUAGAACCACCAGACACACCUUAUAUACUUUUUUACGAAAAAGUUACAAAGACUGAUGGACUUUACGAGGAUGAUAAGCCUGAAUUAGCUAAUUUGAGUAAACACAUACAGGAUUUAGUGGAGAGAGACACAGCUGCUUACAACGAGGAAAUGAGAAAGCAAGCGGAGAAGAAGAAGAAUCAGCGUGGACGUCACAUAUCUCUGCUUAGACGCAAUGACAAUUCUGAUGAUGAGAAUCCACCUCCAAGCAGUUGUCGUGGAGCAAUCGAUAUACCGACCAAUCAUUUCUUAUAUUAAUUCGCAAAAUUUAGUUGAUUCAAUGUUACUAACAAUAAUUUAUCUAUUUUCUUUCACUCAAUCGUCCAUUAAUUGCAAUUCGUUUGAUGGCAGUGUACGUGCGAGACAUUGGGUUGUAAACGCUUGAAUUGUUCAUUGUCUGAAGUUAUUUAUCAUUUAUUUUUCUACUGGGCAUUGGUAUACGAAUACUUCUUCGAGUUAUUCUCCGGCCAAAUUUUCUCGAGCUUCCAUGGUGUUUAGCUCGUGUUCUUCAUGUUCUUGGAGAACUUUUUCUGUUUGGAUAGCACUUGCAUGGGACGUGAAGGUCAUUGGGUUUCGAUUGAUCAGCUGGAAGGUGAAUGUCUGGGGAAUUAAGGAAUAUGGAUGAGGAAUGAUUGGUUUUAAUAUCGUCACAAUUUAUAGAUAUAGAAAAAUUUAUUAGUUCAUUAAAGCAAUUAAAUCAAUUCAUAAUAGGCAUAAUUUAUUUAUUAUAAUUUUUGGAUAAUAUCAUGAUUCUUCAUGAGAGACGAUUAAACUCAUUAUGUUCAUUGUUCAUGCUUGUCUGAAUGGAAAAUGCGAAAAAAAAAUGAAAAAAAUAUUGAAAAUAGAAAAAAUAUUAUGAUUUCUAAUCUUAACAAUACAAGGAAUAAAAGUGAACGUGUGCCCUGAAGAGUGAAGAAAAAUGGGAAAUGUUGUCAUAGGUGUACAUAGCUAUAUUCAAAAACGUCUAUAAAAAAGAAAAAAUUAGAGAAAGCAAAGGGAAAAAACUCAUUGAACGUGUUGGAAAAUCUGUGAUAAAUUUUUACUCGCAUUGCUAAUUAAUUGCGUUUCACUUCGAUACAGUAUUCAGACAACUGAAUGAAAUUUGCAAAAUACGGAACUUUGCAAUAAUAGUUGUAUUUUAUCGCCAACCAAGUUGAUGUGAAAUUGCCGUGUUCCAUUUGUUCUGUUUUAUAAUUUACUCAGUCAGACAUCGUGUAAAUGACAAAUUUCAAUAAAAAAAGGUACGAAUUAACGAA